AUGUUUAUCUCCAAGAAGAAAUGGAGAGGGAAGAAUAGAAGAUUUCGAGAUUUGGUAGGUUCUCUCAAGUGUCAUGUCUUUUAUAAUUGCAUAACCCUAAAGAUUUCUACGAAGGACAGCGCCGUCAACUAUACCCAAACCACCUUCACCGGUGUCGCCCUUCGUCUUUCAGAGAUUAGGGAUUUCAGCCUCCACCGCCAUUGGUCAAACCUGCCGCCACCACUUUCGCCUCUCGCUUUCUCCGGUUAUCUGCCAACGUUUGUAGAUCCUCUAGCGUCGCCACCUUUCUCAUCUGGAUUUUGUUUCACACUCCAGAGUAGGAUUUUCCACAAAGAUGGAGAUGGUUCGUGGUGGGGCUAG